CGAACUGAACGCUGUGGGCUUGAUAACUGCUAUGACUACUAGAGACUUUUGCACUCGUCAAACCGGAUGUUAAACACGCGAUACGUGUUUCGUCGUAAGCAUUUUCAGAGGCGGAUUAAAGCUGGUUUCAUAAUUUCCCUGAACUAAAAUUUUACCAGCUCUUCCAACAAAGAUGACACCAAAAGGUGGUAAAAUCGACCAAGCGUCACUAUAGCAACUCACACAUCAUGUUGACGCUCAUCUCAGCCAUCAGUUUUCGGGAAAAUACUAGAAUGUUUUUCCACGCUUCAGACAAUCAGCGUAUCGCGAAAUGGUAGCUGGUAAAGAAUUCAGGAGCAACUUGAAAAAACCCCUGCCGGGUGCUGGCGGCAAGGAGGGGUGUCGGCUAGUGCCGGCGUUUACCAUCCAGGCACUUCAAAAGGGCACGUGUGUCAUCCCUCCGCCAAAAUGCAACGCAUUCAAAGGUACCGUGCCCAAAUGCACCAAGUUCAGGACGAACUAUAUGCGAGGCAAUUUACCAAUUGCUCUGGAUGCUAAGGGAGGCAAGGCUUCCUGGAAGGCCGAUAUCAAUAAGCUAGAUUUCCACUAUUACCUACCAAUGUUCUUUGAAGGCCUUGGUGAAACUGAAAAUCCAUACAUGAAAUUUGCGCAACAAGGCAUUCAAGAUAUGCUCGCUCAUGGAGGGUCGAAAAUUUUACCAUGCAUACCACAACUGAUAAUUCCUAUAAAGGAUGCAUUAAAAACGAAAAAUAAAGAAGUUAUGUGCACCACCUUGAGGGUAUUACAACACUUAGCAAGAUCAGGAGACAUGGUUGGGGUUGCGUUAGUACCGUAUUAUAGGCAAAUACUGCCAGUGCUGAAUCUUUUCAAAGAAAAAAAUGUAAAUUGUGGAGAUGAAAUAGACUACAGUCAAAUGCGCGGCGACAAUCUAGCUGAUAUAAUCAAUGAAACUUUGGAGACUUUGGAAAAAUAUGGAGGAGAAGAUGCCUUUAUCAACAUUAAAUACCUGAUACCCACUUAUGAGUCUUGCAUGAUGAAUUAAUAACAUUACCAAACAUACCAUUUUGAUUAUUUAUUUUAUAUUUAUUAAAAACAAUAGUACUUGCAGUAAUAUUCAAUUUACAAUAAAUAAAAACUAAUGACAUGCAAAUUAAGAUAUAUCUCAGUACAGGUUACAAAGCAGUUUACUUAGAAUUUAGUUAUUAAUAGACAUAUACAGCAAAAACUGUUGUAACACAGAAAAUAGUAUCCUGAAACAAAUAGAAUUUAGUAGAAAUCCCGAAGUAUUUUAAAAUGUAACUUACAUUCAUAAAUACAUCACUAGUAAAGCUGUCUACAUCGGAGUCCCAUAUACACCUAAAUCCUGACUUUACUCCUGCCCCUUUCAUUUCUCCUAUCACGACAUUCACUAUAUGUUUGUACUUUUUCAUCUGCAAAUCUGAAACAAGAAAAUGCCUUGCACAGUAAUCUAAUGAUGAAAUGUAUAAAAAAUGUCACACCAGCACUCCAAAAGUAAUGGACUUUGCUUAGAUUUGGGAGUCAUCAUUGGUAAGGUUACAGACCCAUGUACUAUAAAUGUAGUGAUAUAGUGUGAACUGUUUAUAUCAAAUAAAACUGAUUAUCUUGUUUUAUUGUUCCUGCAUUAGGAAAUAUGUUUAUUUUCAUUUGUAUUAGAAAAACAGGUGUUAUUUGCUAUCAUAUUUGUAGUAAAUACUCGAGAAAAAGACGAUAGUAAAAAUUGAAGGCUUGAUAAUAAAAUGUAC